CUAAUUAGAGACAAACAACAGGGAAUAUAAAAAUUUUUCUUUGGAAAAAUGGAAGAAUAUCAGAUCAAUAGUCUCUCGUUCUUGGUCUGUUCAAGAUUGAUACCCUUGUCACCCAUCUUGGUUCACCAUCGACGAGCGAAAACCACCAUAGAACAGAAUUGAAAAAAAGAGAGCCCACAGAGAAAACAAGGAGUCGAGGAGGUGAGGGAGAUGGAGAUGGAGACGAUUCCAAACGGGGCGAAAAAUAAUAGGGAUAGGACUAGAAGGGGCAAAAAAAUAGUAGGAGAGGGAGAUGGAGAUAAUUCCAAAAGGGCAUUCUAAUAAACAUCUUAAAAAUUUAAUAAAAUAAACAUGUUUUUUUAUUUGAUGGCAGGGAAAAUUUCAGACCAUAGCAAUGGAGAUAUAGCUGAUGAGUUCUAUUAUUUAUCGAAGGAGGACGUUGCUCGUUUGAAAGAUCUUGGUUUCGACUCAUUUAGAUUCUCCAUCUCUUGGCCCAGAAUUUUACCUCUGGGUAAAAUCAGCAAAGGGAUAAAUCAAAAAGGAAUCGAUUUCUACAAUCGUCUCAUUGACCAACUCCUAUCAAAUGGAAUACAACCCUUUGUUACUUUGUUCCACUGGGAUCUUCCACAAGCACUCGAGGAUGAGUAUGGAGGAUUCCUCAGUCCGAAUAUUGUGAACGACUUUCGAGAUUAUGCCAACUUCUGCUUCAAAGAAUUUGGCGAUAAAGUGAAACAUUGGGCGACCAUAAAUGAGCCAAAUUUAUUUGCUGAUGGAGGUUAUGCAACAGGUGUUUAUGCACCCGGUAGAUGUUCUAUCUAUAUAGGAAAUUGCUCAGAGGGAAAUUCAGCGACUGAGCCUUAUAUAGUAAUGCAUAACCUCAUUCUUUCUCAUGCAAUUGCUGUACAAUUGUAUAAAGAAAAAUAUCAGGCCUCACAAAAUGGAACAAUUGGGGUCACGGUGUCUUGUACAUGGUAUGUGCCAAAAUUUGAUACAAUUGAAAGUAGGAGAGCUGCCGAAAGGGCUCGUGAUUUUGACUGGGGAUGGAUUAUUCAUCCAGUGGUUUAUGGUGAUUAUCCUCGAAUAAUGCGAGAGAUGGUGGGGAGCCGACUCCCAAAUUUCACAAAAGAACAAUCUAAAAUGAUUAAAGGGUCAAUUGAUUUCCUUGGAGUGAACUACUAUGCUGCAAGUUACGCAGAUGACUCUACAUCUGAUAGAGGUGCCAACCUAAGCUACACAACAGAUAGUCAUGUCGAUCUUUCUACGAAGAAAAAAGGAAUUUCAAUUGGUGAAUCGACGAGUGCUUUUCAACAAUACACAUGUCCAUGGUGUUUUCGAGAUAUGUUGCUAUAUAUAAAAGAAAGAUACAAAAGUCCAACUAUCAUCAUAACGGAGAAUGGAAUGGGUGAUGUUACCAAGUCGUCAUCAACAAUGAUUGAUUUUAUCAACGAUAACCAGAGAAUAAAAUAUCAUAGUGCCCAUCUAUUAUAUCUGUCCAAAGCAAUCAAGGAAGGAGUUGAUGUGAAGGGUUACUACAUUUGGUCACUGCUUGAUAACUUUGAGUGGGCUCAAGGCUAUACUAGUCGAUUUGGCAUCAUUUAUGUAGACUAUAAUAAUGGGUUGCAAAGAUAUUUCAAGAAUUCUGCUUUGUGGUUCCAUAAUUUCCUUAAAAAGGAAAACCUAGGUAAUGUUACUAGCUUGUCUCUGCUUUAUUCUGAGUGAUUAUGUUAAAUGAUCAUCACCGACAUUCUAGAAGCAUGGAGAUAUUUUGCAAAAGUUAGAGAAAUCAAGAGAAGAAAAGAUUAAUCUAGAAUAAGGAAAAAAAUGUAAGAAUAAAGUCGGUGUGUAAAAUUGUGCAAGUUGAUGUAUUUUCUUUGGAAGUUAAUUCGAAACUUGUUUUGUGUAACAGUAGUUAGUGUAAAAUUGCGUAUGUUAAGAGUAUUUUAAUU